CGGAGAGGAACCGCCUCUCGCUGUAAAAGUUCUUCCUCCCCUCCGGAGGGUCAAAGUCUGUACGAAACCAACGCCAGACCACGGAGAGUCAGAUUGACAAGAUUUCACUUCGAGGAGAGGAUUAACGGAGUUUAUAUUUCUGAAGGCGAUGGCUACACUGCUGAAAUGCAGCAUUUGUAUUCUGCUGGUGUUCUUCCUGACUCUUGUUCCUGUGUCAGCCGAAGGAAAAGGGCAGGAAUUACGCAGACACAAAAGAGAAUGGAUCAUAGCUCCCAGACAGUUGAAGGAGAACCAUGAUUACACCGGCCUGCAGAGUAUUGCUAGAAUUCGAUCCGAUAAGGAGAACUACACAAGGAUAAUGUAUUAUCUAUCAGGGCCUGGAGUUGACCAGCCACCUGUUGGUGUAUUUGGUGUGGACCGCAACACUGGCUUUGUGAAAAUCUUUUCUGUUCUGGACCGAGAGGAGACCCCCUUUUUUCAUUUGAAAGGUGUGGCGAAAUACGCUGACGGGACCUUAGCUGAAAAGGAUAUUGACCUUAACAUUACUGUUUUGGAUGAAAAUGACUGCCCACCGAUCAUCAAAGUACAACAAGUUGGAUAUGUCAAUGAAUCGAGCGCAAUAGGUACUGUUGUGAUGAAAGUAAUUGCUACGGAUGCUGAUCAGAAGAACACAAUCCACUCCAGGAUGUUCUACAGUAUUGUGGAGCAGAGCAGCUCAGCUGGGAUGUUCUUCAUCAACUCUCAGACUGGAGAGGUCAUGGUUCAACAGAACAGUCUGGAUAGGGAGAGACAAGAUACAUAUACAUUGACUAUACAGGCUACAGACAUGAAUGGACAAGCUGGAGGAAACAUUGGAAGUGAACAAAUUUCGGUCAAAAUUCUGGACAUAAAUGACAAUAUUCCAACCCUUGAAAAAGAAUCGUAUGAAGGGAGUGUGCAGGAGAACAAGGUCAAUAUGGAAGUGAUGAGGGUGAAAGCCCUUGACAUGGAUCUAAUUAACACUGCAAACUGGGAAGCUAUGUACACAAUCAUUUCAGGGAAUGAGGCUGGCUAUUUCAGUAUCACUACUGAUUCCAAGACCAAUGAAGGAAUUAUCAUGAUCAAUAAGGCUUUGGACUAUGAGGAGAUUAAGUCGCUUAACUUGGAAGUAGCUGUUUCCAACAAAGCAGCGUACAGUUUUGGCAGUGGUUCUGCGACAGGGGCUGGGGGUUCUGCGACAGGGGCUGGGUCUGGAUCUGGGUCUGGAUCUGGGUCUGGAUCUGGGUCUGGAUCUGGGUCUGUAGUCUCAAAAGCCUACCCCGUUAAAAUCAAUGUGGUCAAUGAGAAGGAAGGUCCCCGAUUUCAACCAAGUGUCAAAGUGGUGACUCUCUCUGAGGACCAAACUUCCGUCUCCAUCAACAAAAUCAUCGGAAACUAUGCUGCUAUUGACAGUGAUACCCUACAGACAGCCACCAACGUAAGGUAUGCUAAAAUCAAAGAUGAUGACAACUGGUUGAUUAUUGAUGAAAAGACAGCAGAUAUCCGGCUGAAUAAACUGCCUGACCGAGAGUCCACUUUCUUGAUCAAUGGGACAUAUUAUGCCAAAAUUAUAUGCAUCACCGAUGAUAAUCCCUCAAAAACAGCCACGGGGACCAUAGCAAUUCAGGUGGAGGACUUUAAUGAUCAUUGUCCAACACUGAUCGCUACAACGCAAACAAUGUGCCUCGAGCAUAAAGUGAUCUACGUCACAGCCGUAGACCAAGACGAAUUCCCCAAUUCUGCCCCAUUUGAGUUCACUGUGAUUGGGGGGAGCAGCGAGGGGAAAUGGACUGUGGAGAGUCUUAAUGCAACGACAUCCAUUCUGCGAGACCAUGCCAACUUGUGGCCUGGCACUUACAAAGUGGCAGUGGAGGUCAAAGACCAGCAGGGAAAGUCCUGUGCUGAUGUGGAGAUUGUGGAUGUAGAGGUGUGCAGUUGCAAAGACCAAACCAAAACCUGUAGGGAGCGUACUCCAAAGACAGCCGAUUUUGGAGCUCCCGGUAUCCUGCUUAUGCUCCUAGGCCUGCUGCUUCUGUUGUUGCUGCCCCUGUUGCUGCUGUUCUGCCUGUGCGGAGGUGCAGCAGCUAUUGGAGAUUUCAAGGCUAUACCAUAUGAUACAAAACAACAGCUCAUCUCAUAUCACACUGAGGGACAAGGAGAAGACAAGGAAGUUCCGCUUCUGCUUGCACCAUUGGAUCAUGGUGGAAGCCAUGUGAAUAUCAAGGACAUCAACAACUUUGGGGAUAACAUGUACAUAUCUGGGGUGACUGGUGGAGGAGGUUUAGGCGCUGGUCACACCUUGACAUCCGAGAACAUGCAGAAGAACAUGUACAACCGUUAUAAUAGCGGAAUGGACUACGUUGAUGGUGGGAUGAUGACAGGACAAGAACAUAGUUUCUCUCGUUACGGGGCUGGUGGGGCCUUUGAUGGGAUGGCUCUGUCUAACCAAUACCUGGAGGAGUAUUAUUCAAGUAAAUACAACCAUGCUGCUCAACAAUCCCAGGGGAAGGACGCUCUGCUCGCCUAUAACUAUGAGGGUCAGGGGUCCCUGGCGGGUUCUGUAGGUUGCUGCAGCCUUCUUGAGAAUGACGAUGACCUUGCGUUCCUCAAUGACCUUGGGCCUAAAUUUAAAACCCUGGCUGAGGUUUGUCAUGGGUCAACCUUUGUGAGCAAGUCAGUGGAUGCAGGGGUUUCUGUCUCUCCACCCAGACCAGUUUCUCCUGUUUGGCCCUCCCCCUCCACCCACACACAUGUAAGCACUCACUCAGAAACAAUCAGGGACAGGGACCACGUCAACAUCAGCACUCUCAACACCUCUAAUUUAGCAUCUGAAUCCUCCACUUUUGUGCAGGAGGAGCGAGUCACUGAGAUAGCCCAGGGUUCAGCAUCUGUUCCCACUGUACAUGUCCAAGACAAGAUAAUGAUUCCCAGUCAGACGAUGCUCAUACAGCAGCCCACUAUGUACUAUGCCGCCACGCCCAUGUAUGUAGUUGAGUCCAAUCCCCAAAUGCUGCUUGUGACAGGGGGAACCCACAGGGCAGUGGGUCAAGUAGGACAAGUUGGGUUAGGUCAGGGGCUGAUGCAAGUUGGUGGUCUACAAGGUUCUCAGGGUAUGGUCCUUGUGGAUAGACAAGUAGGAAUGGGUGGAAUGGCAGGGCAAGUAGUACAAGGCAUUUCACAAGGAACUCUCUCCAGGUCCAGACAAAUGUUGGUGGUGGAGAAUGCGUCCUCAGGUGGAGAGCAAGGAGCACACAUAGCCCAGGGCUUUAUUCAGACAGGACAUGGGUCUGCAGGGCAGGGUUUGGAGGUCAGAGGGCAAGGUUUGCAGUUUCAAACUCAGAGAAUUUCUUCAAAUUCUCACGGCUCUACAGGGUCAAAUGAGGAGACUGCUCUGAAAGCCACACCCAAAACAAAGGGAAGCCAGAAAGUGGUUGUGCAACGUAAGAAGAUCUCAGUCACUGAGAGAAAUAUUGAAUCGAAUACAAGAGCUUAAAGCAGCCAAUAUUUUAUUUGAGCAUAUCCACUAAUUUCAUGCUUCUUUUUAAAUAUACUCCGGUACAUUUUAGUAAACUGAACUAUACCGGGGUAUAUGUACAUACAGAUGGACAAAUUGUGGUAAAUCUGGUAAAAUAAUAGUUUACUCUACUUGACCAAAAGUGCAAUACUGUAUGUCCUCAUCUAGUGAUAACACUGCUGCUCAGUAUAGCUAACUUGACUACAUGACAGUGUUAGCUAUAAAAUAUAUUUGUCCAUACUAAAACUAUUAAAAUGAUAUUUAUUGUUGCCAAAAAGUUAAUCGAUUUAUUGUAUGCUACCUGCUAAAAUUAGGCUCUGUCAACAUUAGUGUAAAGUAUAGAAUUUGGCAAACCCUCUGACAUUUGGAGGCUCUGUCUUCACUUCUGUACUUUCAACCCGGCAGAGGAAAAACCUUGGCAAGUGUGAUAACUCUCUUAACUUGGUCUCAACAAUGACCAUUUAGGCACCAAAGAACAGCCAUAAACGCAAUGUUUAUAUUUCAGGUGCAAAACUAAAUAGCUUCAGGGCAGCAACAGCCAAGUAUAUAAAAUGGAGCAGUGUUUGACCUAUCUCCUAUUGCAGUUAAAUGUCAAUUCCCUGGUUUGUCCUCCUCAAGUCUCACAAGGUUAUUAUUAAAAUCCAAAUAUCUCAGCAUCUGACAAAAAGUUAUGUACAGUAAUUGGUACAGUUAUACUAUGAUUACUAUCUACUGUGGGACAGUUAAAAUCUAAACUGUUUAACUUAUUCUUGAGUAUAACAAGACAGAAAGUUAAUAGAAUCCUAAACUUUAGUCGCUUACUGAAAGUUGAAAUGACUAUAAUUAAACCGUAAGUUGUUAGCAUUUAGCGGUACAACUACUGAGAGAAGGACUAAGGCAGAGGUAAAACAAAGUUUUGUAGCUACUGUAAUUUUUCAUGUUUCUAUAUAUGCUUUGAACACUAGAUUCCGUUCUCUAAGAUCUGUAUUUUGAUUAUGUGUUGUAAUUCUAAAGAUGCUAUAGUUACAUUUUGUAAUAGUUUAGCUUUAGCUAUGCCUGAUGCGUCGCUGACCUUUUACAAAUUGUUGAAGUUAUUUAUAUUAACUAAUCUACAAAUACUAUAUGGGUGGCCUCUGUUUGGGAGAUAGAUAAGGCUGUGCUUAUUGUAGACCGGAGAAAAGUGUGUGAAUGAUGUAAUGUAAAGAGAGCAGACUGUUUUUAACAUUAGACAACACACAGAAGUCAACACAGACUAUACACCAAAGAGAAUACUGCACACAUUCUCUAUUUUAUCGUUGCACUAUUUGUAUUAUUUCUACAGAGCAUGUGGUUUUUCUAAAUUGUAAAGACCCAAAAUAUUUUUGUGCCAAAUCUUAACAAAAAUAAUGUGUACAAUAGCUGAUGGACCUAUUUUAACAAAUGUAUAUUGUGCCAUACUUACUUAACUAAGACAGGCUUUUGAUUGUUUUCAUUUGUUGUUGUGUGCUGUUGUGUGUGAAAGGGACAGGGUGUUGGGUGUGUAGAUAGGUAACGUGGAUGAGCUUGCCAAGCACUGAAAACAUUUGGUUAAAUUACGCUGUUUGAUAUUGCUGUUCUUGCUAUAGAUUUGCAAAUGCCAUAGAUGCUAUAGUUUCAUCAAAGCAGUAUUGGUCAUGAUAAUGAGGAUGUUUCUUCUUUUUUUUUUUUAAGUUUUGCACCUUCUGUCGUAAUAAAAUUGUAUUAAAAAAAGCCAUUGUAUUGA